GGAAAACUGUUGUGCAGUUAGUAAAAAUUCGUUACGUAUUCUGAACGGUGAAAUUUGUUACGUAUUCUGAACAGUGACAUAUUUGAUAAUAUGAAUUAUAUCUACGUAGCUGCUUUCACAGCAAACGUAAUAAGUUUCAUAGCCGCCACAUCAUUGACAUGGACAUCACCGAUUUUAUCAAAAUUGAAAAAUGAGACCGACACUCCGUUCAGCUCACCUUUAUCAGAAGACGAAGCCUCAUGGGUCUCAUCUCUCCUACCGCUCGGGGCGGUAUUCGGGCCCUUCGUCUAUGGCUUCUUAGCAGAUUGGAUCGGAAGGAAACUCAGCUUAAUGAUAUGCGGUGUACCCUUCCUGCUGAGCUACCUCGCAUUAGCUUUCGGAAAAGCUCCCUGGAUAUACUACGCCGCCCGAUUCCUAAUCGGAACGUCCGUGGGAGGCGUCUUCACCGUGAUUCCCAUGUACGUGGGGGAGAUAGCUCAAGACUCCAAUAGAGGAGCGCUCGGUUCGUCCAUGAACUGCUUCCUUUGCACGGGAUUGUUAUUUAGCUAUGCCGUCGGCCCUUACGUCUCCAUCUUGGUGUUCAACUUGAUCCUCGCUGUAUUCCCCGUCAUAUUCUUGGUGCUGUUUUUCUUGUUAGCUCCAGAAAGUCCUCACUUCUACGCCAUCAAAGAAAGAAAUGCUGAUGCUAAAACUGCCUUACACAAAAUCAGGUCGGGCGGAAAUGAGGUCAUCGAAGAAGAACUGAAUGAAAUGCAUGCUAAGAUAAAGGAAGAUGGACAUGCAAACUUCUUCGACAUUUUCAGGUCCAAGGGGUUAACCAAGGCCUUUUUCAUUUCGGUGGGUCUAAUAGCUUUCCAGCAAUUUUCGGGUAUAAACGUUGUUCUGUUUUUCGCCCAAAUUUUAUUCGAGCAGGCUGGCACAACUUUGGAACCCGAGAUCUGCUCGAUUAUUAUAGGUUGUACUCAGUUUAUAACUAGUUUCGUGACACCACUGGUUGUCGACAGACUUGGUAGAAAAAUUCUGCUUCUGAUUUCCGCAGUAGGUAUGGCAAUAUCGGAGUUUCCUUUAGGGCUUUACAGUUAUUUAAAGGACGACAACAAGGACGUGUCUUCUAUAUCGUUUCUACCUAUACUGUGCCUUAUAGGGUACAUCAUCACAUACAAUUCAGCGUUUGGACCACUGCCGUGGGCAAUGAUGGGUGAAUUGUUCCCUGCUAACGUCAAGUCUAGUGCCUCGGCAGUAACUUCAGCAUUUUGUUGGUUUCUCGGUUUUUUAAUAACAAAAUAUUUUCAGUCCAUCUCAGACUCUAUCGGAAUGGGUCCUUCGUUUUGGAUAUUCGCCAGUUGUUGCGUGGUUGCCAUCCCGUUCAGCUUCUUGUAUGUAAUUGAGACCAAAGGAAAGAGUUUAAAAGAAAUCCAAACGAUUCUAAGUAGUUAGUAAAUUUAUUUAAUGUAUAUUCAUGGAUAUUAUAUUGUUUGUAGCUAUUUUAAUAAUAACUCAUUUCCCAAUU